CACCAAGUCCCCAGAGAAUCAGCUUAUAAUUUAUGAUGUGGUGAAGCUAAUUUUCAUAGACAGCAUGAAAAGCUAUAAAAAAGAUCCUGCUAUUUCUAUGCUGACAUCUUUCACUCAGCAUGCUGUAACACAUUUAAAAGUGGCGUACAUGCCUCCAGAGAGAGAGAGAGAGUGGUCCUGACCCGCUGUUUGUACAGUUUGAGUUUUCUGUUAGUGACCAGCAGGGAGGAGUAGUGGCUGGACUCAACUUUAACAUCGCAGUGAUGCCUGUGGCUGAUGAAGCACCUGAGGUCACGGCCUUCACCAUUCUAGGGCUGAUAUAUCUGGCUUCCACCAACCGGAGCAGCUGCCAUGGAUACGAGCCGCAUACAGCCCCUCAAACUGGCCCAGGUCACCAAGCUGCUGGGCUGGCUAGGUUCGCAGGGCCAGUGCACCCAGGUUCGUGUUGAAUUCAUGGACGACACCAGUAGAUCCAUCAUCCAGAAUAUAAAGAGGCCUGUCCGUGAGGGGGAUGUCCUGAUGCUGCUGAAAUCUGAGCAUGAAGCAAGGUGA